AUGGAUAUGAAUAAUGCAGAUAUGACUCCAGUUGUGCUUUGGAGAAGUUUAAACAGAACUCUUCUCUCGGGUACUUUACGCACCUUUCAAGUUCAUGCGUGCGAUGGAGACGAAUUAAGGAUCGAAUGCUUUCCAGAUACAGUUAUCAGCAUCUAUUUAGCACAAUAUGGCCGCAACGUGCCUUCAUAUCAGCUUUGUCCCCCAGAAUUAGCGGGAGAAAGCUAUUUCCUGGAUAAUGAUACCACAAAUUGUUUCGCUUCGGAAGCUCUCAGGACAAUUGAAGCUGCUUGCAGGGAACAACAAGUUUGCCAGUUGACGACGUCUCCAGAAUCUUUUGGUAGCGACCCUUGUCCAGGUGUCAGGAAGUAUGCUGAAGUAGCAUUCAAAUGCCGACCGAGUACCUUCUAUAACAAAAUCGUAUGUGAGGGAGAUAGACUUCGUCUUCGAUGUCACAAAUCCUUGAGGAUUGUUAUUUAUUCGGCUGCCUUUGGUGGAACACAUUAUGGAGUAGCAGAAUGUCCUCAGCCAAAGGAUUCAAAAAAUCAAGCUGACUGUCAAGUAAGUUAUGCUACUGAAACUGUCAUGAGCAGCUGUCAUGGGAGAAGGAAAUGUUCUAUCGGAGCUGAUGUUGGAACAUUUGGAAAUCCCAGUUGUCCUAAAGGCAACAGCCUCUUUCUAAAGGUGGUAUAUACAUGCGUUCCUCGAGAGAUAUUAAAAGAUUUAGAUUUGGGAGGAAGCGAAGAUGGUAAAGAUCAGCCUGAUGAUAGUGAUUACACGGGUUUUAUUGAGGCACCACGUUACGUUCCAGUCACGCCAACGUCUGCAGAUAGAGGUUUAGAGGACUCUAAAUUUACUCCAUCGUUUAAAUAUGUUCCGGACCUCGGCAGAGAUGAAAUCAGAACAACUCAAAAAACAGAUAUUCAAAGCGAUGAGAACAUCGAAGAGGAAUUUCCAGACGUUAACUGUACCGUGGUCGAUGACCAAAAAGUCAUUGGGUUCCUGACAGAAUGGAUUUCCGCUUACAAUUUUAUCAAAGAAAAUAAGGAGAAAUUCAUUCUGUACUUGACGUUAAGUUUGGGAGCCGGUCUGUUAACGUUUAUGGUGGUUCUAGCAGUUAGACUAUAUAUCUUGAAGCGAAAAGAACGCAAACGAGCAAAUCUUAACAUUACUGAUACAAUUCCAACUGCAUUUGGGGAAGAUGGUUCUGAUUUAGAUCAUUUCGACACCUCCGAUCGACCCGAUAAUGGUGUCGACGUCAUCAGAUAUGGGACCAACAGGUCAACAAUGAGAAGACAAGAUAGCGAUACCUAUCCAAGAGCUCCUAUGGGAAGGAGUCUCAAUAACUAUUACUAUAGUUAGUGAGAUGUGGACAAAAUCUAAUUGUAUCGAGUACAACAAAACUGGUCAUAUCAGUACAACAUAAGUCCCAUUAUGUACAUGUGUAUUAUAGAAAUUGUGAUCUAUGACUUGAUCCUGACCCUGAUGGAUAUGCUAUUUAGAUGACCUAUGUUCUGAAGAUUUGAUCGUUUAUCUCCAGUCAUUGAGGUAUGCAGUAUUCAUUAAAAAAUUCCGGUGGAAUUUGAGUCAUUGUUGAUACUGAUGAUGAUGAUGAUGAUGAAGACAACUAAUAUAAGUCAAGAUCUAUUGGUUGUUUUUACUAUGUGCUUCUGUGCUUCAGUCAGGAACUACAUGGUUGUUUCGUUUAUAAAACACGUUUCCUAUCCUGAGUGUUUGUGCACUGUAGCAGUUUAUAUUCAGUGUCUUCCUGAUUCAUAUCAAAUUACUAAAGCUCAAUUUUUUAAAUAAUGACCAAUUAUACACAAAUAAAAAAAUUUUGUAAAUUUGUUUUCUUUGUGCAAUAACAUUUUCUUAAAUUAAACCAUGAUGAAAAUGGUAGAGAAAAAAAAUUUGAUUGAUAUUUGAAAAACCCAAUUCGUAUUAUGAACUGAGUGUAUAGAAGAAUAAAGUUCUUACAGUCAUUACAACUGUUGUAUAUAGUUACUCAUUUUAUUGUAAGGCCUCAACAUUUUUCGGAGUGAUAACACUGUUACUUGUAUUAAUUCAGUAACAUCUGCCAAUACAUAGUACCUUAUAUAUAUAUUGUACAAGCUGCUACUGUGCACAACCGCUGUAUACAGAACUGGAAGCCCAUAAGUACAGUAUUGAAAAAAAAACAAUAUUUCAUUUAGGAAAGACUGUAUUGUAUGUACAUUUGUUGUUGUUGUUAUUGUCGAAAUUUUUUUAUUUGUUAUUUUUUUAUUUGCGUUCUCACAUUCAAGAAUGCAUUGAAGUAGUGGAUUUUGUUUUAUUUUUUUUCUUUGUUGUUUCGAAAUUCUUUUAUACAGAAAACCAUGUGACAACCAAGCAUAUCGAAGCAUAUCUUUAGAAAAAUGUGUACUUAUAUAUAUAUAGAUUAGUGGUUCUUCACUAUUUGAAUGGCCAGUAUCGAUUUAAUGAAUCGAGUCACGUUAAAAAGGAAUAAAAAUAUUUAAUUAUUACAAUCAUCAUUUAUAAGAUAUUUACUUUAUUUUCGUAUUGUUUGAAUUGCCUCGAAUUAUUAAAUCAGUACUGGUCCAGAACCACAUUAUAUUCUCACGUAACUUUCCAAACAUCAUGUAGAAAUAUUCUCACCAGUAGUUUUAUGUUAAGAAAUCUUUGUCAUACAAAUCACUUUUAAUAUAAUUUAUAUGGAAAAUUGUGUAAACAUGAAGAUAUUUAGUUUGUAAAAUCCCAAAUGAUCCUUCUAUUCCCAAAAAUUUAAUGGGAAGAUAAGUUUGAUAACGAAUCCAGUUGCGUGUGUUUCCAUCAUAACCGGAACAAAACUCCUGUUAAUUACGGAAAUUUAAUUGUCAAGAAUAUCGUAUUUUAUUUAUUACAAAAAUGGAUAAAGAGAAUUAAAAGUUUGUUUUAUCAAAUUUAUUUUUUAAAAAGUAAACUACCUUUAAAAUUUGGAGAAGGGAGGAAAAAAACAAAAAUUGAUUCAUUUGACUACAGCAUCCAAAAUGGUGAAAUAUUUAGUAAAUAUUCGUUUGAUCUCUGCAAUUUCAAUAUAUAAUUGAUGUUGUUUAUUCUCGAUUCUUUUAAGUAUGCUCGACUUUACAUAUAAUACAUAAAUGAAAACGAACUCUCUACAAUUUCCGUUAUAAAGAGGAUCGUUGUUGUGGAAACGUUCGCAUCAGUUCGAUUGAUAAAUUGGCAAAAAAACAACACAUAUCUUCCUUCAUCCACCAUUUUUUAAGCCCUAGAAUAUUAUAAAGGUGACUUUUUGUAACUGAUUUCAGUACAAGAAUGUCUUCUUAAUAAAACAAAAACAUGUAA